UGACAUACCUCAAAGUCUAACGUACAUUAAAAUCUCUUCCUCUUUGAUAUUCUUGUUUCACUCGUACAACAGGCAUGAUGCUAUGGUCACAAUAAAUUUAUUUGUUUAAAUAAAACAUAUCAAAAAUUUUGAAAAUUACAUCAAACAGAAAAAUAAUUUCAAAGAUUCUUGCUUCACUUGCUAAUGCAUGGAAAGUGAAGAAGAGAAUGACACCUCACACUUGCUUCACUUGCUAAACCAUCGAUGUCACUCGUAAAUCGCAUAUGAAACACCUCAUCACCAACCCAACAAACUUCACACUGUCAUCCUCAACCAUGAUGUCAUCAAUCAUCAUCAUCACCAGGUGUUUGACUAAUUGCCUGAGUGAAAAUGGGGAAGAAACGCGUUAUGUUGCCUGCCACAGAAGUUGAUUUGACUAAAGUCAAGUACAAUCCUGGAGAAAUCCAAGCUCCUGAUGUGACUGGGCUAUGGCUAUGGAUUUUUGUCAAGUUACUUGAAACGCCAUUGAUAGGUCCUGUGAUCCUUUCUUACUUGAAGAAACAAAACAAAAUAACAGAGAUGUUAAAGGAGACUGUGAUACCAGAAUCACCAAUGUUUACACCUGAAUUUCCUCCUCAAGAACCAGAACCAGGAGUUGUUUAUAUCGAAGAAGACAAAAGCUCUCAACACCGAGUUGACUCAGCCAUUAGAUGUCUUCCUCACUAUGAUCCUUCUUCUGAUUUAAAUUUAACCCCAUCAUUUCACUACUGGAAGAUUCGUGAUUAUGCAUAUUCAUACAGAUCAAACAUCACAACCCCAUCAAUCAUUGCAGAACAUGUGAUCUCUGCAAUACAAGAAUUCAGCAACAAAAAACCCCCAAUACCUCUAUUGAUUUCUUUUGAUGCCAUGGAUGUAAGAAAACAAGCUGCAGCUUCUACUCAAAGGUUUUAUACAGGAACACCAUUGUCAGUAUUGGAUGGGAUCUUCAUGGCAAUCAAGGAUGAUAUAGAUUGCUAUCCUCAUCCAUCUAAAGGUGGGACAACAUGGUUUCAUGAAGUACACAGUGUUGAAAAAGAUGCAAUUUGUGUAUCAAGGUUACGUAAUUGUGGAGUUAUUUUUGUUGGGAAGGCGAAUAUGCAUGAAUUUGGACAAGGGACUACAGGAAAUAACUCAAACUAUGGAAUUACUCGAAAUCCACAUGAUUUGGAAAGAUAUACGGGCGGAUCUUCAUCGGGGCCCGCAGCUAUUGUAGCUUGUGGGAUAUGUUCGGCUGCAUUAGGCACAGAUGGAGGAGGUUCGAUUCGUAUUCCAUCUUCCCUUUGUGGUGUUGUGGGAUUAAAAACAACAUAUGGUCGUAUCGACAUCAAUGGAGCAUUAUGCCAUGGAACGACUAUGGGAAAUGUAGGACCAAUUGCAUCAAGUGUUGAAGAUAUCAUGCUCGUUUAUGCAGCAAUCUUAGGUGCCUCUCCUAUUGAUAAAACGAGCCUUUUACCUUCUCCCCCGUGUUUGCCUGAUUUAUCAUCACUUGAGAAUUCUAGUAUUUUGUCAUCAAUAAGGAUAGGAAAGUACACCGAGUGGUUUAAUGAUGUCCUCUCACCCGACAUCUCAACAAAAUGUGAGGAUGCACUUAAUACGUUAUCACAAACUCAUGGAUGCAAAGUAGUAGAGGUUGUGAUACCCGAGCUUCACCAGACACGAACAUCUCAUCUUGUUUCGUUUGGUUCCGAAUCAUUAGCCUCACUAACACCUCACUGUCAAAACGGGAAUGAAAAGAAAUUCACAUUGGACACACGGACAAAUUUCGCCCUUUUUCGGUCAUUUACAGCUUCAGAAUAUGUUGCUGCUCAACGUUUGAGACGAAGACUCAUGUAUUAUCAUAUGGAGAUUUUCAAGAUGGUUGAUGUCAUAGUUACUCCAACAACAGGCACAACUGCUCCUGUAAUUCGCCCAAAAUCAAUCAAGUUUGGGGAAACAAACAUGAAGGUUACCGGUAAUUUGAUGCGGUUUGUCAUAUCAGGGAAUCUUCUUGGACUCCCAGCCAUUUCUGUACCCGUGGGUUAUGAUAAGCAAGGGCUUCCAAUUGGAAUACAAAUCAUGGGUCGCCCGUGGGGCGAAGCUACAAUUUUGCGAUUGGCUGCUGCAUUAGAGGGACUACGUGUUGAAACUAAGAAGCCAGUAUCAUAUUUCAAUGUUCUAAACAAGCACUGA